UCAUUUCUUUGACUUGCACUGCAUGGACAUUAUUUAAUAUUUAUAGUUAGCUCAUAUUAAGGAGAUUGCUUAUCUGUACGCCUUACAAGUUUUCUUAUAAGUAGCAGCGCAAGAUCUAGUAUAGUGAUCUAAGGUUUAUAUUUUCCUUCUUGGAGUUAGACAAAUAUGGGGAGAGGGAAAGUGGAGCUAAAAAGAAUAGAGAAUCCAACUCGUAGGCAAGUAACCUUCUCAAAGAGGAGAAAUGGGCUUCUGAAGAAAGCUUUUGAGCUUUCAAUUCUGUGUGAUGCUGAAGUUUCCCUCAUUGUUUUUUCCCCGACCGGAAAGUUUUACCAGUUUGCAAGUCAUGAGUCAGUAGUUCUUCUUCCUCCCAUGAUGGAAAGGACGAUCGCUAGAUACCGGAGUGAAGCCGGCCUGUCUGGACCAAAUGAUCACUCACACACUAGAUCCUUGGAGUUUUGGAGACGUGAGAUUGAAGAGUUACAGAAAACUAUAAAUGAAACGGAAGCAAAGCUUAGGCACUGUAUAGGAGAAGAUAUAGAAAUGUUGGGGAUGAAAGAGUUGAAGCAGCUAGAACGACAAUUAAAGGCAGGAGUUGAACGUGUCCGCUCUAAGAAGUUACGCAUCGCCGCAGAGCACGUCAACUGGUUGAAAGGAAAGCAAAGAUCCAUUCAAGAGGAGAAUGCUUGUCUGAAGAAAAGAUUGCAUGAGCUGCAUGGUGGCAACAUAAGCUCGAGGAUUUGGGAACCAAAUGCACGUAAAGCGAUUCAGCUGAGGACGAUUGAUGAUGGAUCUCACCUGCAUUAAAGAGUCGCUAAUUGGAGUUGUAAAAGAAGCUACACUCUUCAAAAUCAACCUCAUAUCAUAUCAUAUGUGGUAGUGUGUACGUACGUACGUGGUGAUAAUAAAUUGAUCUCCUCCCUCGUUUGUCUAAAGCUUUCGAGGUCGAUGUCGUUUGGCACUCUAGUAUUUUUCUUUCUUUCAACUUGAUAUGUGUGAAGUGUUUCCAUGAAAACCCAAAAGAAGAGGAAAUUAAGGUCUAUAAUUAAAGUGUAUAUAUUAAUUUAAUAUUAACAAACUCAUGAAUUUUCUUACAAACAUGAAUGAAGGGCAUGCAUGGACGAUUCACUA